UUAUCAUAUAUGAUUACCACCUUCCUGUCCCAAAUCCAGACACAUAAACAAGCAUUAGAAGAUCCAGCAUGCCACAUUGCAUCCAUGAGGGGGCAAAACAAGUUUCUUACGGCCGCCUUGAAAGGAGGCAUGCAAGGGCCCAACACAGCAGGAAUGUCUCGGGGAAUUAGAAUAUAGUGAGCCUGCUCUGCUUUCCUUCCAUCCAUGGUUUUAUAUGCCUCAUCCCUCCGUUUGUCUCCCUUCAUAUCUUCCAACCUCCCUUUCCACCAAAGAGAAGGUAGGAGAAGUCCUGGCAAUGGCUCAACAGGAGAAAUGGGAGGCCUUUGAAGAGGAAGAAGAGUCCUUGUCGCUAUCUGAUCUCCCAGAGGUCAUCGAUGAAGCCAUGGAUGAGGAGUGCAAGUCUGGCGAGGCCGCCGAUGACUUCGAGUUCCAGAUAUCCGUGGCAGGUGGCCUUCUUUCGAGUUCGGUGGAGACCGACAUGUGCGCGGCGGACGAGGUGUUCUUCCAGGGACAGAUUCUUCCACUACAGCCAUCAAUCAGCCCCGGCAGUGGCUUCUUUGCCACCGGCAGCCGGGGGCCGAGCCGGAGCGGGUCGAGGUCGGACUCGCUGGACCAGUACUCAUCUAUCAUUCUGGACUUGGGCUACAGCGGUGGGAGUCGGAGCAACAGCAGCAGCAGCAGCAGCAGUUGUAUCAGCAGGAGCCAUUCGUCGAGCAGUCGCUCAAGCAGCACUCGUGAACUUCCCCGUGCAUCAGUCGCCAACAAUUUCUACACCCACCCAAGUCCGACGCCGCAGGUUCGCAUCGUCACGAAGACGUGUGCGGGCCGGAAGAGCGCGAGUUCUGCGCCACCUGGGUGGGAGAUCUUACGGUUGGGCGUCGCCAAGGCUCCCGAGAUGAAACUAUGCGACAUAAGGUCACGGAGAUCAAGCAGCGGCAGGAAGAGCAAUGCGGAGGCCGAGAGUGCAAAGAAGGCACCGAGCAGUACGACGAAGUCUCGUUGUGCUAAGAGUCAUGCAGUUUGCGGUAGAGCAGCACAGAACCAACAGAAAACGCCGCCGCGGCCCGGCGGGCGUGGGUUCAUCUGCAAGUGCUCGUCGGAUGCGGUGGAGCCGAUCGCCAUGUCGAAGUUAACAAUUAGAAGGAAGUAAAAGGAGGAGGAGGAAGAGAUGAGUUUGAAAGGGCGUGUGACCAUGGUGCAGGAGUAGGAUAUUUGAAUGGUUGGAGGAGGUUUCCACUGCAAAGGCAACAAGAUUGCAGGUGGUGGUGGUGGCGGCGGUCAUAUAAAUCGGGGUGGAGAGUAGCCGCCUUUUGACCUGUCCAUCAUUAGCUCCAUGGAAUCUUCUUUGCAUUGGUUCCUUCUUCUCGAGGUCCUCUUAUGGGUGAAUGUGCUGAACUUUGUAUAACUUUCUUGCUCUUUUGUCGUAGAUGUAUUGAUGAUGGUGGCAAUGGAAAGGGGGGAAUUUGGGUGUGCCUAAGUAC